CGACACGAGGCCGAGCCGCUGGGCCGCGUCUCCGACCCGCACGUGACGCGGCUGCUGGGCGCCUGCACGCUCGACGAGGCGCCCUGCCUGCUGGUCGAGUACCUGGAGCGGGGCGACCUGAGCCAGUUCCUGCGCCGCUCGGCGCACGAGCCGGGGCGCGGCCAGAGGACGCUCGAAUACGGCUCGCUCAUCUACGUGGCGACCCAGAUCGCCGCCGGCAUGAAGCACCUUGAAGCGCUCGGCAUCGUGCACCGUGACCUGGCCGCCCGCAACUGCCUGGUGGGCCAUCAUCUGAAGGUCAAGGUCGGCGAUUUGGGGCCCAGCCGGAGCCAGUACGCCAGCGACUACGUCACGCUGCCGGACGGACGCGUCAUCCCGCUGCGCUGGCUCGCGCCCGAGUCCCUGUUCACGGAGGAGAUGAGCACCUGCUCGGACGUGUGGUCGUUCUCGGUGACGCUGUGGGAGGUGCUGACCUGGUGUCGGCUGCAGCCGCUGGCGCACCUGACGGACGCGGCCGUCACAGACCGGCUGGCCCGGCACUGCGAGCUCCCGCCUGAGGCCCUGCUGCAGCAGCCCAACGCGUGCCCGCGCGAGAUCUUCGACCUGAUGAGCGAGUGCUGGCGUGCCGACCCGGCGGCGAGGCCCACCUUCGGCGAGAUCCACAUGUUCCUGCAGCGCAAGAACCUGGGGUUCGAGCCCGCAGCCGAGCAGACGUGACGGCUGGCGGGUGAUGUGGGCACGCCCUCCCCGCCCUAGCCGGCGCGGCGGCCGGCCAGCCCCCGUGUUAUGUACUUUACGCCCAGUGUCGUGUACUUUACAACAGGACCCUCUAUCACUCCCGUCUUCCAUUGGUUUGCUCGGCACAGGCAUAUCAUGGAGUUGCCGGAGUGGUAGGCUGUUGUUUGUUUUCGUCCUCGGGUGCUGUUCUGCGGUUUGAUGAUGAUCUGACAUAUCCCGACACGAUACCGUCUGAAUGCAUGGAUGUUGCCCUGAGCCGCCAUAUGACCGGUUGUGAUAAGGUAAAGAGGGUGUUGGCGCAGGCUUUACCGUCUUAUUUAUUUGAAUUAAUGAGUCUAAGCACACUGCUGUGCACAUUAGUACCACAAUAUAAGUGAAAGUCACGUGUAUGUAGCAUCUUCUGCAGCGUAGACGGCACGUCGAGCUACCCGGCCUCUGCCUGCUACCAGUCCAUGAUCUCACAUUUUCCAGCAUCGAUGCCACGCUACGAGUGUGUCCAAUAUACGGACCCUGUAGCUCGUCCGCAGAAGACAGGCUGGCCGCAAUCCGUGACUUCUUUAUCAGCAGUCUUUGGUGUUGUCUGCUACAGCAUGGUACCCAAAUGUGUUUGGUUUUAUUGUAAUAUGAUGUAGAUGUAGGUGUGUGGAAGAUUUCAUCACGCCGUACCAAAUACAUUUAUUACCAACCUU